GUCAACUGCUUAGUUCAACGUUUGGGAGAAGACACGCAAACAUGGCAGCUGCUAUCAGAGGCGACUGUUCUUCUGCUGCAAUCGCUUUUGAGAUUGCCUAGUACGAAAGAAGUAACAGUUGUCGACGGACGGGUUGCUGAUGGCUGUUUAAUCUGGAUGUUUGCCAGUAAAGCCCUUGUUAAAUUAAUUAUGGUGAGACGAAAGGACCUCAGCUCACAUUUGGCAAUGAUAAUCGAAUCUGUGUCGACGUCUUCCGCGAGUAUCGCACUGAUAUACGUUGAUAUGCUCGUGGAUAUUGUCCGGAACUGUACUCUGGACGUUUUGAACAAUUGGCGAGAGUUGGAAGGUUUAUUGAAGUGCAUAUGCCGCAUUUCUCGAGAUAUUUCCGUUUCCUUAGUCAGGUGUUUAAUGCCAGUCAUCAGUCACCGAACUCAGCUGAGAGAGCAGCUAUUGAAAAGCGUAAAAGGAAGCCUUCUAGAUUCACGUCAUGCAGACGCUGUUGUACCAAUCUUGAUGCUACUGUUUCGGUCAUUCAGCAAACGUCCAAAUGUAGUCCUUGGUUCGCAGAUGUCUCAGUCGUUUGCGACAUUUUCAUCACAGACCCUGCAAGCAAUGGGAUACAAACGAAAAACCGAUGAUACAGUCUGCUUAGAAGUAAUUGGGUUGCUUAAAAGAUGUUUGACUCAAUGGACGCCAACAAAAAUGGCUGUUUAUCUGGGUUUCGCCGAAGAAGGUUCAAGGAAUUCAACAAUGGCAGGGCAGUGCCUGGAUAUGUUGCUUUCUCAUGCAACAACGGGUGAGUUGAACUUGGAGACUUAG